AUGGUGUCAGAACCCCCCGACCCUUCGCGAUAUAUCGUAUGGUUCAUCGAUUCACGACGCAGUUUCAUUUCUGAUUACCUCGAGUACGUUGGCAACGAUGCAACCGCCAAAUGGGACGACUGCGUGAAGAAGGCUUUUGAGCAGCUCAUGAAAGCCCUCAAAGCCAAAGGCCUUACCCAAGUCAGCCACAACUGGCUAGAGUACGAAGCAGAUCGUGUCGCCUGGCAAAUGCUCUUCAACGAACUUCCCGUCGAAGCUGUUGGAUGGCCCUUCACCAUGCCAUCUAAAUUUGAUGCACCCGAAAAGAUCGCAGAGGGUAUCUCGCCAACCUACCAGAAAUGGCGUCUGGACCGUGGCCUCCGCAUCUACAACGCCAGUUAUCACAUUCUUCACGAAAAACCGGGAGUGCCGUCUCUGGACCAGCGGAAGGAAGUUUGGGGGAAAGAUAACAACUAUCCCCGUGAAGCUGUGGCUCCCAUCACUGGUCCGUUCCAGAUCGCACUCCCACUAUGGAUCGAUGUCUACGACCUUGUUCUUGGAGAGAACAACCACCUCCUCAACAUGAUCAACAAUGAAAUCGUCCCACCCCACCUGGCAGUCUCAUGGAUUGACGAUGAUGAAGCCUGUUUCACUUUGGUUGUUGGAUUCAGCCCUACCACCUGUGUCAACCCUGGAAGGACGGGUGUCGAUUCUUCUAUCAGAUAUCUGUGGCAAUCCGUCGUUGAUUGGACGAUUGAAACCUAUUAUGGUGCGACAAUGUCGCUCGCGACCUUUCUGCGCGUGCGCAAGGCUAUGCCUGUUGCUGACGACAUGCCCUACCAUAACCAGAGGUUGACUGCUCGGGCCAGAGAAGCAUAUGCCGAAGUCCAAGACGAGCCAAUAUAUUUCAUGAGGGGCGCACAUGAGAACCGAAACUUCAUGGCCAAAUGUCGUGAUGAUGUUUUGGAGAUCAUUGAGAAGCCCUUGCCCGAAGCCAAAGCCGAACUUAGCCGCUGGGUUGUCAACGGAGGCCCCGAGUCGGAGUCCGACGAGCGAGUUCGAGCUGCACGAGAGAUCUGGGUGUCUAGUACCACAGAUGAAAGAACCAUCCAGGAGGCGCUUAUCUGGGCUUGGGGACCGCAUCACAUGGCGAUCUAG